CCUCAGGCGCGAGGGCGGUCACGUGAGGCGCGCGCCAUGGCGGCUCCGGCGGACGGCGCCGACCUGGAGGCCUCGCUGCUGAGCUUCGAGAAGCUGGACCGCGCCUCCCCGGACCUGUGGCCCGAGCAGCUGCCCGGCGUUGCCGAGUUCGCCGCCUCCUUCAAAAGCCCCAUUACAAGUUCUCCUCCCAAGUGGAUGGCUGAAUUAGAAAAUGAUGAUAUUGAUAUGUUGAAGGAGCUGGGGAGCCUUACUACAGCUAAUCUGAUGGAAAAAGUUCGUGGUCUGCAGAACCUGGCUUAUCAACUGGGACUGGAUGAAUCUAGAGAAAUGACUCGAGGGAAAUUCCUGAACAUCCUAGAGAAACCCAAAAAGUAACUGCAUCUAACAUUUGGAUGAAAAUACCCCAACUAAGUCAUUUUAUGUACUGCAGAUCCAGAUGAAGCCCAGAAAGUCUAAGAAGAACAAAGCUCUUGCUGUAGACCUUCAGAAGCAAGCAUCUCUUUUUGCUUCCACAGCUCAUCUCUUCAUGGGAAAAAAGUACAAUAUGCAGAGGUCACGGGGACUGCAGUUGGUUGCACUGGAAUUCAGACUUCAUCUGACCAUAGGAUGUGCAGCAGGAGGACUUGGCCCUGACGUGCUGUGACACAGUUACCUGUUCAAUCAGCAGUUCAAAGUGAGCAGCCUUACUCAGCUGCUCUCAGCCUGUUUGAGGUACACAGCAGAUCUGACACUGGCCAGUGUCCAUCAUGAGGCCUUGACCUUUGGUGUGUCCUCUGUCUUAGAUGCAUUGAUUUCCUGUGUGCAACGUCUGUGCUGAAGGACUUGAGCAUAGUUUGGGGUGUGGAUUGACCAGGAGCACUGGCUCAGCAGGAGCACAUGCUUUUAGUGUAGAAGCCAAGUGCAGUCUCUGCAUCAGAUUCCAGUUGCCCACUGCCUUCAGAGAAGCACGUCUGGUACCCCAAGGAAGAGCUCCAGACCUUCUGUGUGCCAGGAGCUUCAUUUCACUGCUGAGUGCUUCUCUAAGUGAAAUUGAAACAGACCACAGGGAGUAAGUGUGACUGUGUCUCCAGGAUGAUAUCCUCACUGAAGCUUUGGCCAGUACACAAAGAAACAGCUUUGUCAGUCCUCUGCAGUUCUUUGCUUCUUAUAGGGCUAGAAACUGGAAAGAGUUGUAAAGUUGAAAGAUGGUAAUGUUUUCAGUUAUCACUCCAAGAAGUGGCAUCAGGACUGUUAGCCACAUUGUGAAGAUUGUCUGCCUAUAGAGGAUCUCAAUGUUUCUGAAAAUAAUGUUUUGUGGUGUUUUUUAAUUGCUUAUAAACCAGCACCUCAAAAUUUUCUUCUCCUACAAACCCAGAAUUUUAAAGAUAAAAACUUCUGUGAGCUGCUCCCUUUCAGAAUACUGUGAUUACCAUUCAAUGCCUUUUUCUUCUGUUCAUGCAAUUCUACAUAUUCACCUCUUGGAAGAGGUAUAGAGCAUGUUCAGACUUUCGGUUUUAUUUAAGAAAAUUUUUUUUCAUUCCGUCCUCUUUCCUUUUCCUAGAAAAAAACAUUUUAAGCAUUAGUAAAUAUGUUCUUUUUUAGGAUAUAACAUAAUGUUGAAACAUAACAUAAUGUUAUUUUUAUCAUGCAGGCUUUUCAAAAUGUGUCAUUCCUCAGGCUGUAGUCACAUAUGAGAGGAGAAAUUAUUUGGAAAUAAUACAUGUAGCUGUCCUUACAGCUCUGCAUUUUUCUGGCUUUGCAGAGAGAGGAGACUCUUUUUGGGUGUGUGUGCAAUAAAGAGGGGGAGGUGUUUUUGAUGAAAUAGACUUCUGAGUUUUACUGAAUUGCUGGUGACCCUUUGGGUUGCAGUCUGUGGAUUUUGGUUAUUGCCAGCAGAACUAGUCUUGUUUUGGACAGCUCUGAUUAACUAAGUUUAAGUAGUUAAAUCCUACAUCCUGGAAAGACCCUGCACAAAUUUAGAAAUAUCAGGAGCCUGAUUUAAGACUCAACAGAGUUAUUUCUGUCCUUCACAGUUUAUGCAGGGCUGAGCUUAACAGGAACUCCAUCCCUUGAGAGCAUGAGAAUUAAGACAGAUGAAUGAGAAGCUGAAAGUGGUAGUUCAGGAACAGAAAAAACCCCGAUGGUGCAAACUGAUGUUGAUGUAGCUUUAAGCAUUGAAUUAUAGAUUUGGAAUGCAAAUUUAAGUUUGUAUACUAUAUAUGUAAUAAAUGUACACAUAUAUGACAUAAUGGGAUACUUAAUCUGUAUCACCAGAAAAUAUAUGGAAGCCUGUCGUGGAAGUAUAUGUGUAUUUUCUGAUAUAUGCAGUAAGAAAUUUCAAACUAGGUGUUUUUUGGUGACAUACAUAUGUUUAAAAAAAAAGAAAGAAAAAAAAGAAGAAAAAUCUCCUUUUGUUAUACAUAGUAAUCAUCUUCUACAGGGCAGCCAUUAACAUAUGCUUUAGAAUUGUGAUAUUUUUUGAUUUUGUACUUAUCAUCUGUAGAGAUAAGUCAAUGAUGUUAUUUUUUAUUGACAAUAUUUAUGUAUAGUUUUGUGUGUUAGCCAGAUAAGUUUUUUUUCUGUCUGUUAUUGCUUUUUGGUUUAAUAAUAUGCAAAUGCAAACCUCAGAGGUUUGUCUGGGUUUCCAAAAUAGCUGUCUGAUAGCCACCCAAUAGUGGCUUUUGCUUGGCCACUUAGGCAAUACUAUUCCUCAGGCUCUUCUUCGCUUAUCUGCAUGACACCACCUCAGGGUUUGGCCUGUGGAUGUUCCAUUCCCAUCAGUAAAUAAAUAUUUGUCAAUAUACAAAUCCUACUAAGGGUUUUCUUACCCUUUUGAAGUUUUUCCUUCAGUGCUAUCCUUCCUGACAUCCAUGCAGUUAUCUAUCUGUACAAGAAAAUCUGAAUGACUUUUUGUUACUGAUGGGAAUGAAGAGUAUAAGAAAAUCAAGAUUUGGUAAUAUUAAUCAAGCUUACGCAUUGUUUUAGAAAGUGUUUUCAUGUAUUGGUAUAUUAGAUGUUACUGUGAGUUUCUUGGAAGUAAACUCAAUAUUUAUUUGGUUCCUUUUAAAUGCCAGUGUUACAUACAUUCAGUUACAAAGGCUAUUCACUUUGGUCUUGGACUGUCAAAUGCUUUGCUGUCUAAUCCAACUGAGAAAAAAUUCUUGUUUGUUAUGUUAAUCAUUAUGAAAAUAAAAGUCUGUGUGCACUGGCAAUUGAA